UCCUACUGUUGAGGAUAGAUUUGUACCAAAGUCCCUCCUUUUUUUUAUUACAGUAGAAACUGACAUCUUGCCAGAUAAUGCUGAACAGAACCACCUGGGGCCUUCAUUAAUUGUAAAUUCCAAGUAUUCUCAAUCGUCUAUCCUGGAACUGCCGGUGAAGGAUAUAAAAGAGGUUGAAAAUAAAUCUACUGAAAAGAGCGAAAAAAGAACAGAGGAAUUUAGUGAAAUUGUAAGUGAAACAAAUUCUUCGUUAGGUGGGAAAGAAGAGGAAAUAGCAGUGACGAGAAACAGUGGGCAUACUCUUCACACCAUGACAGCAGGGGUUUACCGGAGUGAGGAAGAGAGCCAAAACGUUGCAGCAGGUAUGGAAGAUAAACCUCCUACCUUAGUGAACGGCCACAGUUGCCAGGAUACACAAGAAUGGCCAGAAAACGAAGAAUCGAUAUUCCAUGGUGGCGACAGAGAGGAAGAGCGGGACGAGGGAGAAGACGUGAAAUCUGAGGAGGAGAAGAUUCAAGAAUACAUGCAAAGAAAUGAUACGGCAGUCGUGUUUCCUGAACCUGUAGAAAAAGGAGAUAAGGAUAAAAGCGCCCCCUUGCCUAAACAUAAAGGUGCUUCCGAUGUAGUAAGCUGCACCCACUGCGAUCAAAGUUACAUGGGACCACAUGCACUGUAUGCUCUCCGAGACCACCUGAAAGACGCGCACCCAAACACAGAGGGCACUAGUGAGCAGGAGAAUGAGUCAAAACACGUCUGUACCAAGUGCAAGUCUCUGUUCUCUGACAAAAAGCAUUUGGAAAAACACGAACUGAUCCAUACUACAUCCAACCAGCGACACAUGAUCAGCCACGACGAGAGCGCGGUGCUGCGGAAGUUCAAGUGUCCGGAAUGCGGCAAGGCCUUCAAGUUCAAACAUCACCUGAAGGAACACCUCCGGAUCCACAGCGGGGAGAAACCUUUCACCUGUCCGAACUGCGGAAAGAGAUUCUCCCACUCCGGUUCUUACUCGUCCCACAUGACAAGCAAGAAGUGCCUGGUUAUGAACUUAAAGGUUCGAAAGAUGGAUAGCAAGUCUUCUCGCAACAGAGGAACAAACCAGAACAAUGUUUUCCGCCCAAUCAUUCCAAAACAUGGAGCCAACAGAGAAGAAAUGUCACUGACCCCUUCAGCCUAUUUACCAACCUCUGAUCGCUUCACCUCUUUCGCCCCACCCGAGAAUCACACGAGUCAACCAGCCCAUCAGCAUCAUACGAUACAACCUUACCUUCCGGUCAUUCCCUUUCAUCCAGUUUUAGCUAACAAUUUUCGAACCGUUGGCCUCCCUUCACGGUACGCUUCAUUACCUAGCUUAACAGAUAUGUCACAUCUGUUAGAGUCCAGAAUGUCCAAUGUCCAGAAACCAGAGGAUAAAGAAUUUCCGACAGUUGCUUCCUUCCCUUCUCUGAGAGAUCAUUCUUUUACUGUUUCUUUGCAAUCUGGACCGUCCAACUUUGAACUCGAAAACUCCAGUUCUGAGAAGAUAGAUCUCUCUUCUUCAGCAGCAAGCCUUCCGUUAAAAAGAAAUUUGAACGCUGUGAAAAAGAUACUUGAGAUUGUUGAUGCUACUGUAACCAAGCAACAAGUUUCUGGGAGUAAUAACGGACAAAAUGGUAUUCUUCCAGAUCUUCUUAACUCACCCCCACGUUCUCAUGUUUCAGGAAAUAUUGUCAAUUGUAAAUCAGAACUAGAAGGCACUAAAAGUCCUGAAAACAACGAAUAUAAUAUCAACCAGCUAAAAGAAUGCCAGUGUCGAUAUUGUAGUGAGAACUUUGAUAACUACACUGUCCUUCGUCAGCACGAAAGGAAUACAUGUUGGAAGAACACAACAAUUCGUCUACCUCAGAGUGAACAUCAGGAAACCAGUUUUCAGGAAGUUCAAGAUGGGAAAAUAAAAGAAGAAUCACCGAUUCAAAAUGCCUUUGUGAAAAAUUGCAAAACUGAGUUUAUCGAACAAAGCAUUUCACCGCAUUCUUCAACCGAAAGUAUGGAAGAAUGGCAUAUAGACGCUGCUGAAAAUGAAAACGUGAUGGUGAAUGAACGAUGUGCGAGUGUGAAGUCACUACUGACUGACGACAAGUUUUCUGUUUUACAGGCAUGCCGCGAUAGUAAUCCAAAACCAACCAAGUCUGAAGUCAUAAACCUUGCCAAAGAAUUGGACUGCUCCUCGCGAAUUGCACAGUGUUGGUUUCAGAAUGUUCAAGCACAGAGAUGCCAUUCCAGUGGGUCAUCGAGUCCUUCAGCAUCGAAACUCAUUCAGUCGUACAAACCUCAACCAUCUUGCACUCAAACUCCUAUAAACGUUCCUCAAUACAAGCCACAAUGUUUCCUUAAUCCUUUGUCUCUUCCCUUCUCAACUACACAUUAUAACGGAACCAUGUCAAUUAGGCGGAUUGUGCCUGGCUCACUUGUUCAUAAUAAUAGCCACAUUCAUUCUCACUUUUUAUCAUCUCCCACAUCAUCAAAUAGAGGUGAUAUUCUGAGUGUAAAAGGAAAAUUUGCCAAAGAUUCGUGUGGAAAUAUUGAAUUUGAACAACCUCUAGAUCUUUCCUUAAAAUCGAGAAUUUCCGUUCCAGUUCUUUCUUCUUCGGAAGUAAAUGUGUCCCAGUUUAGUGCCAGUUCUGAUUGUGAGGUAUUGAAUCUCAGUCAAAAGUCUUCCCGUACAUCGACCCCUCAGCGAGAAAGCAAUAAUCCACAUAGUCAAAACGUUUUACAUUACGAUGAAUUUAGGUUUCAAAAGCUUCCAUAUUGUUGGCAAAACGAACGAGAUAAAUAUUCUUCCAAAUAUAUUGAAAACAGAAUAGAAAAUCCCGCUGUUCCCAUGAAUCAAGCUACAAGAGUUUACUCGCCAUCUGCUUGUUUUGAUAUCUCCUUAGAAUUAAACUCAAACCAGCCCAGUUCAGAUCCUUCUACUAACGAGUAUUCAAGAACAAAUGGACAUCGUCAAAAUGUCUACAGAAAACGUGUUUUAGCAGAUGUGUCAUCAUUUAAUAUCAUGCGAGUGUCUUCUCCCUCACUUGUUCCACUGUCGCCAGCUAGUGAGGGGAUUCCACUCAGAUCAUCAUCAUCUUCAGAUGCAACCAGUAGAGGAGAUACAUAUAGCCCAACCAAUCUGAAAAUAAGCGUAGAUGAUAAGAUAAUAUCUCCUCUAGAUAAUCUCGAAGCUCGCCAUAAUAGUGACCAAGGAGAUCUGAAACUUAGGAUACCGAAUAAAAAGAGCUGGAAACAGGUCGAAGCGGAUGAAGGUCAGUGUCCACAAGACAGCCCUGGUUCUGGUGACGAUCCUGUAGCCCUACUGAAGAAUAAAAAGAUUAAAGUUAUGAAGGAAGAUGGCGAAGAAGAGUUGUUUGGUUGCAAUGAAUGUGACAAAGUUUUCAACAAACAAAGCUCUUUAGCUCGACAUAAAUACGAACACUCUGGUCAACGUCCUCACAAGUGUGAUGUGUGUAGCAAGGCCUUCAAACAUAAACACCACCUGACUGAACACAAGAGACUCCAUAGUGGCGAAAAACCGUUCCAGUGUAAAAAGUGUAUGAAACGUUUCUCACACUCCGGUUCCUACAGUCAACACAUGAAUCACCGGUACAGUUACUGUAAACCUUACCGCGAAUAACUCCAAAACCCAGUCAAGUUUUGAACCAAAUUCGGGUUCUGUAACCAAAGGAGUACUGGACCAACAACGAACAAUGGCGUUCCAACGUGAGCCGUCUUCAGUUCAGUACAGCGAGAACAGCUUUAUUGACGCUAACGACGAAAUAUAGAGGAACCUUUCAACCCACGUUGAUGCAUUAUAUUAGUAUACGGUGUAUGUGUUUUGUUUUCUGACAUGUAUAAAGACACUCUAACCUAAAAUUGGAGAGUGCGAAUUAAAAUACUCGUUUUGGUCUUCCCAUAGUUCAGUGGGAAUGAACAGAAUCUAUGUGAAUCAUAUACAUAAGCUUUAUUUGUCGAUUGUUAUAUUAUGUUUUUGUUUUUUUUUAGAAUGGAUCUAACAUAAUGGUUACAAUCUUUAUUUCUCACGGUUCAUUCUUCCAAGAGUACUAGUUCGUUUAAAUAUAUUAUUUUUUAUUACUAAAAACUAUAUCCUAUGAAAUGGACAAAAUGUCAAAGUUGUGGUUUCUUUGUAGAUUAAAUGUAUUUACAAAAACCUAAAACUUUUGUUGUGACCAAAACAAAAAAUGCUCCAAGAAAAAAAGACGUUAUGUUGUGCCAAAUAUUAAACAUUUCACUACAACGUGUCAAAUCUAAAUGUACAUUUAAAAUCAUACCGAAUCUUUAAAAAUAGGUCUAAAUGUUUUUUGUUUUUUUUUCAUUUUAGGUUUCGUUGAUGUUUUCGUAACCAAAGUUUUUACAGAAAUGCUUAUUAGAUAAAGUUUUAGAUACAUGUGUAUUGCGCAUGUGUCUUUUUAUAACGUAUCCCUAAAAUCUGGAGUCGAUUGUACAGAAAUUAAUUAUUCUGGUUAUCACAAUAUUCAGCAAAAGAUAAAAAUAACUGCAUUUCAACGAUAAGCUGGUGUCAAAGCUUUUAAAAAAUACAAAUUUUGUGCCAAUUGAUUCACCUCUUGCAAAGAAACUAACUUUUGGUGAAUUUUUAUUGCCUUUUUUUAGUGCUAAACUAGUCAAUACACACUUAGAGAAUGUCUGAAAGUCAUGUUUACCCUAGUCGUAACUGCAAGUGCAAGAUUGGAAGAUGUAAGGUUUGGUUGAACAACCAACAUUGUGGAUGCAAUGUCCAUACGAAUCCUUGUUGAAGUGACCAGAAAGAGAGGUCGUCCAAAAACGUUAAAAUCCCAUGAAAAAGGUCAAGAAAACUAUGAAUCGGAUACUUUGUUUUUAUCGUAGUAACGUUAUGGAUCGUUUAAUUAUUAACAGACUUGGAUAUGAUUAAUUCAUAAGAAAUAAAUAAACACUUAUAAUACUUGUUUAUACUAAAUGCGUAGAGUGUUCUAAGUGUCACGAACGUUUUUAGAACCAUUCUUUCAGUGCAAGUUAAGAUUAAACUGGAAUAACUCUCAGCAAUUUUGGGGGUUUCAUUGCGUUUUUCGAUGCAAGAACUCGAACCUUACAUUUAUACAAACUUUUAUAUAAAAACAUGGUCUCUUGUUCAAGUUUCUACCAAAUAUGGCAACUUCUGUACGAUCGACUACGAUUUUGUGGUUAAGAAAUCAACUAAUAAACCAAAAAGCUGUAUUAAAUCUAAGUAAGGUACCGACCCUGUUUUUUUGUUGUUGUCUGUUCUCGUCUAAAACAAAACCUAUGUUGUUUGCUAUUAACAACUGUUUUUUUUUCUUCUCUUUUACAGCAAUAGCAUAAAGUGAAGAAAAUGAUAAAAUUUAUAUUAUAUUAAUAUAAAUGAUUAACUGAUUUCAGGAAAAAAUUUUGAAAUAUGAGCGUUGUAUUUACUGGACCACAGUUACUAAAACCGUGACACAGAAUCCGUGUGACUCAAAUGAUGAAUACAAUAGUUAUGUUUAGACUUAGAGAGCCAAAUAACAUUCAUUUCUUCAGAGAAGUAUGACAUUUUUAAUUCUAAUCAAGACUCAAACAAUACGUGUUCUCAUGUUGAUCUAAAAGUAAUGAAUCAUCUUUCGCAGUCCCAUAAAUUUAUUCAGAGUACUAAUGUUUCUUGAUUUUUUUUUAUGAUCCAUAAAGUCAGAUCGGUUAUUAAAUGGGAAGAUUCAUAAACACAAGUGUGCAUCCCUUUUGAUUACUCGUUUCUUUUUGUUGUAUUUUUUUGUUUGUAUUUACGCUAGAGCCAGCGAGCUAUUUCACGCACAAUUCUUACUGUUCGUUAGUUUCACAUGUAAAUUUGUCACGUGAUAGAAUGAUCUAGUUUUUGCCCGAGAACUACCCUAGGUGUGUACUUGAGUAACGCUUCACUUAGUUCUUGAAAUGUUGCCCAAUUAGUCAAAUUAUAUUAACCAAAGAAAAUAUAAAAUUAGAAGUAAGAAGAUAAGCCUAUAUAAGAUAAGUCUGUAGUGAGAAUAAAAAAAUUCUAAUGACAGAUAUAAAUAGGUAUGCAACUGUUUAUACCAUACAUUUUAAUUUGUAGGACGAGACUGCGUUAAAAGUUUGUAUAUUGCGAUAAAACAAUAAUGCUAUUUUUGAACAAUAUCCGUCUAGGACAGUGUCUUUAUUGGGAUCGUUGCAAAUAUUAAGUUGGCUUUUUUUUUCCGUCUAAUUUUGUCAAUUUUAAUAUUUUAUGUUUUAAGCUGAUUUUUAACUUUAUUUAGUAUUAUAUGAAAUCAAAAACAAGCUACAAUGCUUCCUUUGUAUAUAAAUUUUAUAUAUUGUAUGUGAUCUUCUGUUCGCGUGCCAUUUACCAAAUUUGUCGUUGCUUUGUGAGAAUGACUUAUAGAUGAGUAUUCCUAGUCUAGCGGUGUUAUAGUCCCUGCUUAGUGUUGAUUUACGUUACUAGUAUGCUCAACCUUUUUCGAAUGCCUUUGGCUGCUAAAUACCUCUAAUGUUUUAUAAUUUCAUAUUUUUGUUAGCUAAUUUAAUGCUGAAAGUGUUUUUUGGGAACAAUUUGUUUUUCUCUAUUGUUUUAAAUCAUAUGUUGAAUUACAUUUGUCAUUUGUUUAAUGUCUUUAGACUUUAGUAUCCAAUCCAUCUACCGAAUCAGAGAAAUGUCUACUAUAAACAAGAUACAAACCUACCAAUUUUACUAGCAUUAAAACCUCUUCUGCUCAUAACUGUUAUUGAGCAGGAGUACGAGGGACAAAUCCAGGUUAAAAAACUACAUUUUUAUAGCUAUAUUAUAUUAAUCUUAUUUAGGCCUAACCAAAUUCAUGUUUAUUAACUUUUUUUUUGUCGUCAAUCAUCGCAGUCCAGAGCUCAAGCAGCCUUUCUAUGAUUGUAUUUUAUUCCCUAAUGAUUGAAGAAAUUCAUAUCCACUCCUUUAGUUUGCUUCUUUAUUUAAAAGAUGGCGAGUCCUGAAUGCUAGGAAUCAUUGUAGUAACUUUUUUAUUUCUGCAUACUUUCAAGGACUUCGGCAAGUUUGGGCUCCACCAAGGAGAUUGGAACUGAUUUUAGAAUGUCAUACGAAACAUGAGUGUCAAAUGUUUUUAAAAAAUUAAUAUACAUAGCUUAAGAUGUAAGAAAUUUUAUCACGAUGUAAUUCUCAAGUCAUUCGUAUUUUAAUUUUCCCAGUAAAUACUGAUACAAAAUCAGUAUCGAACAACAACAGAUGCUAGACCAAGAAAAAAAGAAAUUCAAAUUUUCUUGUCUUUGUGGUUAUUGUGUUAUCACAAAGAAGCUAGGUCAGUCGGGUCAAAAUCUUGAAACCCAGUUUGCAUUGUAUUAAUUAUUACUGUAGUCCUGUAAACAAUCAGUUUACAUGUUAAUCGCGUUUAUGUGGUGCCUGUGUAUUUCUAAAUAUCCUUUCGUUAACAGUUUCAAAGUACUCGAAUAAAUAAUAGUAAAAAGUUACAGCUCCAUUCACGUUGGAGAUAUUUUUAAUAAAACAACAUUGAUGGAACCAGAUUUUUCUUUCUUUUUAUCAAAGUUAGAUAAUACUUGGAAAAUAUUUUACAAUUUCGAUCUUGUUUUGAGAGUCAGUAUUUGAAUAUGCCAAAAAAUUGUUGUGUUUGAUAAAUUACCAAAUAUGUUGUUUUAAUUCCUGAUAAGAACAAGCUUACUAACCUUGUCUUCCAAAUCAAAGAAGUUUGAAAAUAUUAUAACUGGUGGUAUUUCGACGUAAAUGACUAUUACGUGCAGAAAUACUAGUAAUUAUUUAAGAAGUUGAUUUAGCUAGGAUACCUCGAAGACAAGUUUAUAAUCAUUAAAUGUAUGUUGUCAAAUCUGAUUUGAUCUUUGUGAUCCUAAUCAAAGUAUUUGAGGAUAUCGUAGGUCAAUAGCUAGAGAUGGAACACCACUCAAGAGUAAUAAAGAAAUUAGUUGGGUGUCUUCACCAAAGUAUACGAGUUAAGAACAUUCUCAUUACCAGUGAAACGUUCUUUAGGGUUUAAAAUAAAUUAAAUCAUAAUUAUUGUAUUCUUUGAGUGUAAACAGUCAAUUGUGUACCUUAUAAGUUUCUAGCUGUUGAUUAAGUAUGUAAUAGUGAAUGUCAGUUUGUUAGUGACUUUGCUUAAUAUAUAUUAUUUUUUAUAAUAGGAGACACGAAUACCACAUAUUAGUACAACGGACAAAUUAUUAACAUUUUAAAUAACUUACUUAUCAUAUUUUUUUAAAAAUAUUAACGAAAUAAAAGUUGUUCCUGUUGAUCGUAUUAAAAGUCAAGACCUUAGUCGCAAAACAACGUCAGAUAAUGGUUUAAACCUUUGAAAUUUGAAAGCCACUUUCUAAACUUAUGCUGUUAAAAUAUGUGUGUAUAUAAUGCAUGAUUUCUGUUGGCAUCUUUAUGUCAGAAGGACUCUUAGCAAAUAGAUAUUGUACGAAUUUAAAACUAAGAGAUUAUUCAAUAAAACCUUUUGCGGGAUCGGAUAGAAAGAUCGCAUUCGAAGUUUACGUAAUCUCUGUGUGUUUAUGUGUGUAUCUUGUUAACUUAGUAUGUAUACAAGCUUUUUUUUUCUUUGUGCAAUAAGUACAUUGUAUGAUAUUCAUGAACGCUAUUAAUGUGGUAUUUCUGUGUUUUAUGCUCUAUAUUUUUUGUAUUUGUCUAGUUGGUGAAUUAUGAUAAUCAUAAUGUGACUGUCCUUUUACCUUUGUGCCAAGGUUUUUUGUGCCAAGUUUAGAAACACACAGAUUCUUGGGGUAUCCACAGUGCUUUACUAGAAAAAUGAAAAGUUUGAGAAUUGAAGUUCAGAUCAACCUAUUAGUUCUUUUUUAUCAUCGAAAUUUCAAGUUCACCUAUUAAAACCUAUGCUCUAUGGGAUUUAGUUAAUGAAUAUUUAUGCAACUAUUUAUUUCCAUGUAUUUUUUCAGAUGAUAAUAAUAAAAUCUCUUCGGACUUUCUCA